AUGCCAUGUCACUGCCGUCCCGUCAUGAUGCUAUUGCCCAACAUGGAUGACUACGACGCCGCCGCCGCUGCCGAGCUCAAGCGCAAGCGAACUUUCCGCAAGUUCACCUACCGAGGUAUCGAGCUCGACUCGCUCCUCGACAUGUCCAACGAGGACUUCAUGCAGGUCGUCCACGCUCGUGCCCGCAGAAAGUUCCAGCGCGGUCUCAAGCGCAAGCCCAUGGGCCUCAUCAAGCGUCUGCGCAAGGCCAAGGCCGAGGCUCUGCCCAACGAGAAGCCCGCUACCGUCAAGACCCACCUGCGUGACAUGAUUAUCGUCCCCGAGAUGAUUGGGUCCAUGAUCGGCAUCUACACCGGUCGCUUCUUCGUCAACACCGAGAUCAAGCCCGAGAUGGUCGGCCACUACCUUGGCGAGUUCGCCAUGACCUACAUCCCCACCCGUCACGGUGCCAAGGGUAAGGGUGCCACCGUCGACCGCUUCCUCCCCAUCCGAUAA